AUGCUAUGUCUACUUGGCACCCCUUUCCGGCAUAUCUGUAAAACAUUCGAUAUCCCCGGUUUGAAUAAGAACAAUGAAGGCCGGCACGCACUGUUUCGUGGCCUUGGCUCCAGCCUGACUGGUGUAGUUCCUGCAACCGCCAUCAAGUUCUAUGUGUACGGUAACUGCAAACGGCUUGGGGCCUGGUACUUGCGAUGCAAUGAAGAUAAUCCCAUCGUCCACGCACAAGCCGUUGUUGCCGCUGGCUUGGCGACCUCAACAGCAACAAACCCGAUAUGGCUCAUGAAGACCAGGCUUCAACUGGACACAGCCCAGCGGGGCUUCACUCUACAUUACCACUAG